AUGGCAGCAACAGGUCAAUUUAUCUUUAAAGCUACGGAUGAAUAUUACAACAACCAUUGCCAUGAAGAGCUAUUUCUGACGUCUGUAUACGCCGCCGCAAAGACGUACUGCGCUCCAGAAGAAAUUAUAGCCGGAUCAGAAUCUGUCGGCAAGAGGUGCAACGAUUAUGGCUUUACCACGCUGUCUCCUUACGAGGAGUUCAAAUCUCGGCUCACUGACGCUCUCAUCCCUAGCCUUCCGGUAGUCAACUAUGAAGAUACUGGAAUCAACCCAAUGUGGAAUACGAUCAAGACAAGAUCGAAGAAGUUUAGCCCCCGCGUCCCUCUGACAUUACGAUCAUUCUUAUUGAAGCCAAAGCCAAACCAACAUUACUUCUUAUAUCAGCCAUUCAAGUGGCGUGGGUGGGAAAAUCAUCCUUUCACGGCACCCAACUGGUCACAUGUCUCGGACGAGUCUUCAGCAUCAGAUAGCAGUCAACUAAGUAGUCCUCCUGGCACUCUUCCAUCAGCGAAGGAAAAUAAUGGUAUUGCUAUUGCACCGGUAUCCAGUCCCUCUCAAGCCCCAUCCUCAGAUUCUAGUCAGGCUCAAGGUCGAGUGAAGCUCACGUUUUACGUCCGUCGCUCGACGCCGUCAAGUGGCUCCUUCACAAAUCAAAUUCCAAGACUAUGCCUUACGAACGGCUCGAGUCAGCCGGUGUCCACAAGAUUACUUCUUGAAGGCCCAUAUGGUAGCCACGAGUCAUUAAGCCACUUCGACAACGUCCUCCUCAUCACGGGUGGUACCGGCAUCUCAGCCGCUCUCCCAUAUCUCAAGUUCUUCCUUCAGCUCAAUGCCAACCAACGCCCAACAAACGUACAAUUCAUCUGGACUACAAAACAAGCACGCAUGGUCCACGAGAUCUUCAACCGCGAACUAUCAUCCCUCCCCACUUCACCCAAUGUCCAAGUCAAGACGUUCAUUACCGGUGACAAAACCAUCGAUCCCACCGAAAAGAGCUCCGACGAUGACAAAAAGCCCUUCAUUGCCGGUGCCUUGUCGUUGGGUGUUACGUAUGGACGACCUGAUUUGAAGAGUUUGGUUGAGAAUAUGGCAGAGGAGAAGGGCAAAGGCUCGAUGGCUGUGUUUGUUUGUGGGCCGGCGGGUAUGGCGGAUCAGGUGCGGGCUGUGGUUAAGGGGUGCUUGGAUAGAGGUGUCAGGAGGAUUGAAUUGAUUGAGGAAGUGUUUGGGUGGUGACUGAAGAGAUUUUGUGACAUUGUCUUGCGUUAUCUGUCUGGAUGUUUUUGACAUCCUCGAGACGCUUUAGCUUAUUAUGAUCAGAG